CGACCCGUGCGGCGGGCGAGGGCGUCACUUCCUUUUUGACCUUUCACCCCAAGAUGGCGGCGCCCGUGGGACCGAUGAAGUUUUGGAAACCGGGCACGGAAGGUCCUGGUGUCAGUAUCACAGAAGAGAGGCAGAGUGCUGCUGAAAGUACUGGUGUUUCUGUCAUCUAUAAUCCCUAUGCAUCUCUUUCAAUUGAACAACAGAGACAAAAGUUACCAGUGUUUAAGCUUAGAAACCACAUCCUUUAUCUGGUGGAGAACUAUCAGACGCUGGUGAUUGUUGGAGAAACAGGAUGUGGAAAAACUACUCAGAUUCCACAAUAUCUAGCAGAAGCUGGCUGGACAGCCGAAGGGAGAGUAGUGGGAGUGACGCAGCCUCGCAGGGUUGCUGCUGUUUCAGUUGCAGGCCGAGUGGCUGAAGAAAGGGGCGCAGUGCUGGGUCACGAAGUUGGAUAUUGUAUUCGAUUUGAUGACUGCACGGACCCACAGGCUACAAGAAUUAAGUUUCUGACCGAUGGGAUGCUGGUGAGGGAGAUGAUGGCUGACCCACUAUUAACGAGAUACAGUGUCCUCAUGCUGGAUGAAGCCCAUGAAAGAACCCUGUAUACAGACAUUGCCAUCGGUUUGUUAAAAAAGAUUCAGAAGAAACGAGGGGAUCUUCGAGUGAUCGUAGCAUCAGCCACACUGGAUGCAGAGAAAUUUAGAGAUUUCUUCAAUCAAAAUGAGACCAAUGACCCCAGUAAGGAUACCAGCAUGAUCCUUACCGUGGAAGGGAGAACAUUUCCGGUGGACAUUUUUUACAUACAGAGCCCUGUUCCAGAUUAUGUCAAAUCAACUGUGGAAACUGUGAUGAAAAUUCACCAGACAGAGAGUGAUGGAGAUAUAUUGGCAUUUCUAACUGGCCAGGAGGAGGUGGAGACCAUAGUUUCUAUGCUAAUAGAACAGGCUCGUGUCCUUUCUCGCUCUGGGAUGAAGAAACACCUUCGAGUUCUUCCCAUGUAUGCUGGGCUGCCUUCCUCGGAGCAGAUGAAAGUGUUUGAGAGAGUUCCACACAGUGUCAGAAAGGUGAUAGUGGCCACCAACAUUGCUGAGACAUCUAUCACAAUUAAUGGGAUUGCAUUUGUGAUCGACUGUGGCUUUGUGAAGCUUCGGGCCUAUAAUCCAAAAACAGCAGUCGAAUGCCUUGUGGUUGUCCCGGUAUCUAAGGCAUCAGCUAAUCAGAGAGCAGGUCGUGCAGGCCGGAACCGUUCUGGAAAAUGUUAUAGACUUUACACAGAGGAAGACUUUGAGAAGUUGCCUCAAUCUACUGUUCCUGAAAUGCAGCGCAGUAACCUGGCUCCUGUUAUCCUGCAGCUGAAAGCUCUGGGGAUAGACAACGUGCUCAGGUUCCCCUUCCUGUCUCCACCCCCUGCGCAGUCUAUGGUGCAAGCAUUAGAGCUGCUGUAUGCUUUAGGAGGUCUGGAUAAACAUUGUCGCCUAACAGAACCUCUUGGUAUGAGAAUAGCAGAGUUCCCUUUGAACCCUAUGUUUGCAAAGAUGCUGUUGGAAUCAGGAAACUUUGGCUGCUCCCAGGAGAUCUUGAGCAUUGCUGCCAUGAUGCAGAUUCAGAACAUCUUUAUGUUCCCUCCAAACCAAAAGGCUCAGGCUAUCAGGAAACACAGAAAAUUUGCUGUGGAAGAGGGAGAUCAUCUCACUAUGCUUAAUGUUUAUGAAGCUUUUAUUAAACACAGCAAGAGUUCUCAGUGGUGUCAGGAACACUUUCUAAACUACAAAGGGCUUGUCAGAGCAACCACUGUGAGGGAGCAGCUGAAAAAGCUUCUUGUCAAAUUUAAAGUACCAAAGAAAUCCAGUGAAGGUGACCCAGAUCCUGUUCUGAGGUGUAUAGUUUCUGGAUUCUUUGCUAAUGCAGCUAAAUGCCACUCCACUGGAGCUUACAGGACUAUCCGUGAUGACCAGGAACUGCACAUCCAUCCCACCUCAGUGCUGUAUGCAGAGAAACCUCCUCGCUGGGUAGUCUACAAUGAAGUCAUACAGACCUCCAGGUACUACAUGAGAGAUGUGACUGCUAUUGAAUCCACUUGGCUAUUGGAACUGGCACCUCACUUUUACCAAGAAGGAACGGUACGGACUCGACAUAGACACCAAAUGCAUCUUUCCUUGAAAGCAAAGAGAGUUAAAGUAGAUGACCACUGAUUUGGUGUGCCUGUUGAGCCUUGUGACAUCAGAUGCAAAACCCACCACUAAUUCAAAGCUGGCUACAGUCCAUUCAGCAGUCCGUUCAUUUAGCAACCUGACCCCACAUCAAUUAAAUGUUUAAAUGCCUGCCAGGAUCCUGUAGGGGUUUAUGCAUGACCAAUACAUUGUAAACCUAAGUAGAGCUUGCGUUGUGGACAUAUUAUUCCUUGGCCUAAUUGACCACUCUCUGUAACCUGGAUAUGUUGCUCUUUUUAAUAGGUAGACAAAUGAUCAGAAUAUAAAGGGGGAGGGGGGGACACAGGACCACAAAGACUCAAAACCUCCAGGAAAGAAACCAAAUGCUUAGCAUGGUACAGCACCCUUUGAGAGAGAGGACCAGGGUUCAGGAUGCCCUGCUUCCCAUUUCUUGGAGCACUGUGAAUAUUGCUGGCCAUCCUGAGACUGCUGAAAGUGGGUAGAUGGAGGACAAUGAGUUGGCCCUUAAAAUGUAAGGGGCUGCCAUGGAAACCUUGAUACUGUGUUUAACUGUGCCUAAUUGGUAUGAUGUUGCCCUGAAGCUGCAGAAUCCUCCUCUCUGUGAGUCAAGCUUUCCCUAUCCUGUAACAAUUGUUCUGUAGAUAGUGCUGUAUUUGAAAUUAAUGGUUUCCAUACUUGAAAAGCACUAUUCAGCAGUGGGGAAAUCUCUUUGGGUUUGCUGUUGCUCAGCCGUUUAGGAGGGGGCUACAUUUUGAUCAACCGUGAGAUGUUUGCACAUGUUCUGUUGUGGAACAGGAUUUAUGUAGACUCACAGAUGGGGCUUAGCUUUAUUUUCGGAGUAAAAAUAAAUGUGCCAGCCUCUCUUAACACUUAGAACCCUCAUGAGAUUUCAGAAGGGAAACCUCAUAGGAAUGCUGCUUUUAGCAAGAUUCAGCAAAGAUUAAAAUGCUCUGUACUUCCCUCGAUCAGGAACAUAGUCCUUUAUAUAUUUUUAUUAAAACAAUCUGCUCUUUGCUGUUGAGGACUCUCCUCCUCUUAUGCCAGUGGGACAGGGGUAUUUUCAGCAGCUAGUGGUUUAACUGAGACCCCAUGGCUGUCUUUUUCAUAAAGAACAUUACCCCUUUGUGUUUAAGCACAGUUGUUUGGGUACAUGUGUAUUUAUUUUUCUUACCCUUUUGAUGAUAUUUAUUUUAGAAACGUGGUUUGAAAGUUUUAUUUUUGUAAGGACAUUGGUUUGGUUGAUGUGCUUCUUUGGAACAUGUUAACUAUAUAAUUUUAUUUCCAUUUCUAAGAAGUGUGUAAAUAAGUGAAACUUUCUACAUAGAAUAAAUGUCUUCUUGCCAUAGGGCUGCCUUGCACAUCAUUUCUGAAAACUUCAUUUACAUUGCUGCCUCCCACAAAGCUUGUUCUGUCAUGUGAAGUGUGUGAUCUGUGCAGUGUCUAGGUCCUCAUCGCCAGCGCAGAAAAUAAGAUAUGUUAGCCUCAGUGUGUGGCACUGGUAGUAUGACAAACUGUCAGUCAUCCCCCCGCCCCUCCUGGAUUUCCCAGUGCAACCCAUCUUCUCUGUAUCUUUCUCUUAGAUUGUAAGCUCUUUGGGGCAGGGAGUGUCUGUGUACUGUACUGUGGGAAGAACACCAAAAGCACUAAAUAAAAAGAUCCAAUGUAGUUUUUUCCUCUUAAAAGGAAAGAGAGAGCGAGCUGAAUACAAAGACUUGUAAACUUUCCAUGUUGCUCUGUCCUCCGGAAACAUUCUCUAGAGAAAUAAAAUAAUUGAAUCAAGAA